AUGUAUUAUACUCAUCCUGAUGAUCGUAUUUUGUCACCUUCAUAUCAACCAUAUCGUUCUCAUUUUUAUAAAAUCGGAAAACAAGAGCCAUCUCAAUUAUCAAAUAUUCAACCUAUUUUAAUUAAUGAUCAUAUUCAUUUUGAAUUUUCAUCUAUUUUAAAAAUUCUCUUACAUUUUUCAGUUUCAUUAUUACAAUUAUUUUCAACAUUCGCUAUUCUUGCGUUACAAAUCGUUUUAACUGUAACAAAUACAUGUGCUUAUAAAAUUGGUGUUGGUUUUUGGUCAUUUCCAAUCUUGUGUCUAGCACCCAUAUCAAUUUGGCUUCUAUUAUGGAAACAAAAUGCCAAUAUCUCUCUUCUCACAUUCAUAUUUCAUUUUAUUUCUACUAUAUUUUCAACAGCCGUUAUUAUUGUUAGUUUCAUAGCAUUACUUCAAAAUGUUGAACAUUGUACAAACUCAAAUUAUACCUAUUAUUUUUAUUCACUUAAUGGUGCAUUGAUUGGUGUAGCCAUAUUUUCUAAAUUAAUACAUUAUCUAGAGAUCAUUCUAUUGUAUAUUCUAUUACAAAAAACACAGCGUAUGUCAGCAACGUUUAUCGAUAAAUUUCAUCAAAAAAAUUAUUAUUUUUCAUUAGACAACGACAGCAGUCAUAAUACAAGAAUAACAAGAAAAACAUCGGUAGCAAAAUUUAUGCCUGGAAUAUUUAGAAGAGAAUUCGAAGCGUAA